AUGAAAAGAAUAGCCCAAAGAUGUUUUUCCCCCAUUGUGUACGCCCUACUAUUGUUGUAUCAGAAGGAAGCCAACAGCUCAUACGUAGACGUAACUCUACUAAACGAUAACCUCUUCGAUGACAUGAUAAAAACGGAGCUGUCCUACAUGAGCAACCACUUAACAUUUAAUGACAAUAAUAAAUCAAACAGGAGAAAAAAACGAAAUGACCCAGCGGUGGAUGACCUGGUUUUGUUAACAAGUAUGUUAUCUCAAAUUAUUCCAUCCAAUUUUUCAAUUUACUCAUUAGACAUUCCAAACCAAACAGUAAGUAGCGCAAGCAACGAUGUAAAUAAUUUUUUAGAUUUCAUAAAUUUAUACGACUCUGAAAUAAACAACACAGUUACGAACCAUCUGAAUCAGACACAACCAGUAAAAGGCUGUGAAGAUGACAUAAAAAAUAACAACUGUGGUGAGGACGUACUAACAUGUAUUACUUUAAAAAAGGAUAAAUUGUCUGAUAGCUGUAAGAAGAGUCUGAGUAACUCCCUCCUGUACUCCUGCAUCGACGAUGUUAUGCUCUACUGCGCGGAUUAUUCGAAAUUUUCAAAGGUACACAAGUGCCUGAAAAAGAAUUUUUAUCACUUGCGUAAUAAGUGCCUUAACAUUUUAAGCUACUAUGAAAAUAUAAUGCACAAAUUGCACAAAAUUAAGAAUAAGCCCUACAAGAAUGAGGAGCAUUUGUUUUUAGAAAGAGAAAAGGGAGGAGUAACAGUCGGCAAUUCGAGCAGCGCCAAUGAUCAUGAUAAUAACAUCCCAGACGGAAAAUACAACCGGACCGUUAAUGACAGUCGAAAUGGGAAUGACGCGAAAUAUAACCUCUUAAACGAUAGUGAUUCUAAUCCUAAAUCUACCAUGGCUGAUAAUUUAAGAAAAGGAUAUGGUCAUUAUAUUUUUCCGUCCAUGGAUUAUAAUUAUCUGCUCGAUUUCAAUUCAAGAAGCAUUUCAUAUAAAUCCUUUUUGUACUUUUGUGUUUGCCUCCUCAUUUCUUUCCUUCUGUACAUAUUAAUUAUUUGUAUCAAGAAAUAUUACGUUACGGAUUCGAACAACUUUUUUGUAAAAGCUGAGAAGACCAAACAGGCACAGUUGUGA